GUGUGGUAAUCCACAACAGCACGGGCGCUUGAAAACAGGGCAAAGCGUGGGCACGAACCGAAUCCAGCCACAACACUUGAGCAGGGUGGUCUCACGCGCUCGCCGAUUUCCCUGGAGGGCCAACACGACGACGAACUUGGGGUACGCGGGGCUUGACUACGCGGCCCUGUCCAAGAGACCGAGUCUGAAUCCCGGGAUGCAGGUCACGCAAAUGACCAUAUCGGGCUGCCCUCGCCAGGCAAACAGCAAUGGGGAGAAAACGGUUUGUUGAGAGCCCUCUCCGCGUGGUGCUGCCGAGCAGGCUGUCGGGGCGCUGGUGUCAAGUUACCGCCCGCGGAGUGCUUACGCUUAGCUCCAUGGCCACCGCUGGUGUCUGAGCUGUCAGAGGCCCAGUUUUUGUGCUGUUUGCCUCCACCACGCGAGGAGUGUGACGUCCCAGAGUGGCCGGAGGCGGCCCUGGAUAGACCACGCAGAGGAUGGCCAGCCCUUGUUGUGGUGGCGCCUCGUAGCGGAUGUGUAGUCAAUGCCGUCGGGCCCCGGCAUGGAUCGUUGCUUCCCCGUCUUCGGCGUCUAUCCUCUGCGUAUUCAUCCCCUCAGGGUCGGCUAAUUUUGUGGUGUUUACUGAACAUCGUUGGGAUUAGAUAUGGUGGGAGUGAGUGUGAAGCCCCGGAGCGGCCGGAAUGGCGGCCCUGGGUAGACGGCGCAGAGGAUGGCCGGCCCUAGUAGGGGUCGCGCCCCGCGGCGGAUGUACAGUCAAUGUGUUGGAGCUCCCGGUUGCUGUACGCUUGCGCCGCUGCGUCGACGAAAACCGACCUGGCCUCUGUUAGAUAUACUCGUA